AUGAGUGGCCGUGAUAGUCGUGGUGGCAGUGGCCACCAACCGCUCAGCAAUGCCAUGGGCAAAAUUAAGGAUAAACUCACACGUUCAACGGACACCUACCAACGCGUCGAAGAAGGGCUCUCACAAUCGAAUACCGCCACCAGUUUGGACACAAUACUACCUGAGGACCCAUUCCUCUUUCCACGUGGUCCCACAGCACAGCAACGUCAAAUGGCGCCACAAAAUAGUUUCAGCGUUGAUGACACACCAUUACAUUUUGGCCCCAUCAUCGAAGACAGUGACAUACAUCCACCGCCAACAGCGCAGCCGUUGCCACUGCCGCUAAGUCAGGCAGCGGCCAAAACGAGUGGUGGUAGUCAAGAUUUUGUGGCAUUACCGCCACCACCAGCCGCCACACAACACAGUCACCGCGAUCAUCAUCAACGCAGCACUGUAUCGUUGGCUAAUAAUAAUAAUAAUAACAAUAAUGAUGAGCUGCAGCGCAGCAAACAGUCGUUGAAGGGUUCACGUGUGUCCUUCGAACGUCGCGAGGCUGAUAGCAGUGAUGAUGAUAAUUUCGAGAGUCGACGCAGCGGUUAUCAACAACAGAAAACAGUUAGUGUGGAUCAUAAGGGUAUAUUGAAGGAUCUUAAAAAUAUUUUGGCAAAUGAUAAUCGUCGCCAAUUUCAAGCUAAAAAGCAUGUCUCACUCGAUGUCAAGGGUACACGUUUCCUAGAGGAUAUGCUAAAGGAUUCCUCUUCUGAGGAGGAGUUCCACAAAAACCGACGUGAAUUCCAAGGACGAAAACACCAAAGUUUAGAUCCGCGCGUCAGUUUCAAACUUGAGAAAGUAUUACAAGGUUCGAGUACGGACAGUGACGAAGAGGCAGAGGAUGAUGUGGAACAUAAACGUCUGAUACACCGUCCAAAAGACAUAACCAAACCGGUAAUAAUUGAUUUGAAGGAUUUGGAAAGUGAAAGUGAUGAAGAUUAUGAGGCAAGCCGUCAACAUUUCCAACAGCAACGCUCCAUAAGUACGGACUCAAGGAAGAGUCAUAGACUGUACGAAAUGGAUGAGAUAGGCAAAAAGAAGAAUGAAAACCUGCGCAACGCUGUACCUUUUGUUAGACAAAUUACCGAAGAUGGUAAACCCAAAUUGGAAGUAUACCGGCCCACAACGAAUCCAAUCUAUAUUUGGACGCAGGUACUUGCUGCCCUCAGCGUUUCAAUGGGCUCAUUAGUUGUGGGCUUUUCAUCAGCUUAUACCUCUCCAGCUUUAGUCUCUAUGACUGACCGAAAUUAUACAUCCUUCGAAGUGACACCACAAGAGGCCUCUUGGGUUGGCGGUAUUAUGCCAUUGGCCGGUUUAGCUGGCGGUAUAUCCGGUGGUCCAUUCAUUGAAUAUUUGGGACGUCGCAAUACUAUACUCGCAACCGCCGUGCCCUUCAUUAUCUCUUGGCUACUAAUCGCUUGUGCUAGUAACAUUGCUAUGAUAUUAGCUGGACGUACACUUGCCGGCUUCUGUGUGGGUAUUGCUUCGCUAUCGCUGCCCGUUUAUUUGGGUGAGACAGUGCAACCGGAAGUGCGCGGCUCAUUGGGUUUAUUACCAACGGCUUUUGGUAAUAUUGGCAUUUUAUUGUGUUUUGUGGCCGGCACAUAUAUGGAUUGGUCACAGUUAGCUUUCCUUGGCGGUGCUUUACCCGUGCCAUUUUUGAUACUUAUGUUCCUUAUACCGGAGACACCACGUUGGUUUGUGUCACGUGGCCGUGAAGAUCGUGCACGCCGUGCUUUGCAAUGGCUGCGUGGUAGACAAGCUGAUGUGGAGCCGGAAUUGAAGGGUCUCUUGCGUACACAAGCACAAGCCGAUAGACACGCAACAGGCAAUCAAUUGGUGGAGUUGUUGAGACGUAAUAAUUUGAAGCCACUAUCCAUUUCGUUGGGUCUCAUGUUCUUCCAACAACUCAGCGGCAUAAAUGCUGUCAUAUUCUAUACAGUUAUGAUAUUCCAAGAAGCCGGCUCCACUAUUGAUGGUAAUGUGUGCACGAUUAUUGUGGGUGUGGUGAACUUUAUUGCCACAUUUAUGGCAACCGUACUUAUUGAUCGGCUAGGACGUAAGAUCCUGCUCUACAUCUCCGAUGUUGCGAUGAUUAUUUCACUCUUCACUUUGGGCGGUUUCUUCUAUUGUAAAGCAUCUGGCAUGAAUAUCACUGAAGUUGGUUGGUUACCACUCGCCAGUUUUGUGAUCUAUGUAGUUGGCUUUUCGCUCGGUUUCGGUCCCAUACCAUGGCUGAUGAUGGGCGAGAUUUUGCCAGCGAAAAUUCGCGGUUCUGCCGCCUCUGUGGCCACUGCAUUCAACUGGACUUGCACAUUCGUUGUGACAAAAACCUUCCGCGACAUGAUUGAUACAAUGGGCACUCAUGGUGCAUUCUGGCUGUUCGGUUCCAUUUGUGUGGUGGGCUUAUUUUUCGUGAUAUUUUGUGUGCCUGAGACACAGGGCAAGACGCUUGAAGAUAUUGAACGCAAAAUGAUGGGACGCGUACGUCGUAUGUCGUCUGUGGCGAAUAUUAAGCCGUUGUCUUUCAAUAUGUAGAAACAUAUUAUAUAACUCAGGAACCUGCAUGCGUAGACCGUAUGAUUCAUAUUAUGCAUGCAUACACAUAUUUACUAUGAUGUGUAUGCGAAUACAACCAAAUACUAGUUUAAGUGCCUUAAAAUUAGUAGAUAAAUACAUAUAUUACGUGACAUUGCAGCAAAAACUUGACCAGUGUAGAGCAAAGUUUGGAAAAACAAUGCGAAAGGGAUUUGCGCAUACAAUAUGAAUAUAGAAUGUACGAAUACUAGAGUUAGUUUUUUAAGCAGCUAGCAAGUCAAAGAAAUUAUGUAGAUGAGAUUUAUACAUAUAUUAUUCUGAAUGUGAUUUAGUCUAAUAGCCGUUGGUCGAAAGGUAGUUUUUGUGUAAAUCUUUCCAUUGUCGGUGCAUGACAAUUGAAGUUUGCAAAAAAAAAAAAAAAACCGAAAUAAAAAAAAACUUUAAGUAAAAAUACCGAAUUAUGUUAAAUAAAAUUUUCAUUGUGUUAUUAGUAGUGUAAACAGUAUACAUGUAGUAGUGAACUGUGUAGUUUGUUUUUAAUGAAAAAAUAUAAAAUUUUUUUAAUAUAUUAUUAUAAUGACCAAUAGUAGUGCUAUAUUUAUUAAGCUAGCUAUUAUAAUUAACAUAAAAA